GAUUUUUGUGCACACGACUGGGAUUCCUGCUAAUGCCAUGGAGACUUCAGCUGGAGUUUCGACCUCUGCAGCUGCACCUGUGACCUUCUCCCAGGUAUUUGGACAGCAGUGUGAACUCCUGGAGGCAGCUGUGCAAUCAUUGCAUACGUUAAAUGAUCAGAUUUCUGAUUUUAUCGUGAACAAGGCAAAAAUGUUCAACGAAGAUGACAACUUCUUGCCCAAGGAGAAAGAUACAUUGAGAAAUGCCAUGUCACUCAUGAGACACCUUCUAAUGGAUGCUCAGGCCAAGAUCCUGAGCAUGAUGGAGGGCAACCAGCAGCUGGCCCUGCGCAUCGACGGAGCCCUCCAGGCGGCCGGCCAGGAGGUGAGCACGCUGCGAGCCGAGCUGACAGCCACCAGCCGCAGACUGGCCGAGCUCAGCGCCUGCUCCGGCGGCGGCGGCGGCGGCAGCCCCAACGCCACGGAGAUGGCCGCAUCCGGCGCCAUGGAGAACAGCCAGCCCAACCUGCAAGUGCUCCUCCGAGAAGAGGUCUCCCAGCUUCAGGAGGAAGUUCAUUUGCUCCGGCAAAUGAAGGAGAUGCUCACGAAAGACCUGGAGGACACCCACGGCGGCAAGUCCACUGAGAUCCUCUCCGCCACCGAACUCAAGAUCCAGCUGGCCCAGAAAGAGCAGGAGUUAGCGAGAGCCAAAGAAGCCCUCCAAGCCAUGAAAGCUGACCGGAAGCGUUUGAAGGGGGAGAAGACUGACCUGGUGAGCCAGAUGCAGCAGCUCUACGCCACCCUGGAAAGCCGCGAGGAGCAGCUACGGGAUUUCAUCCGGAACUACGAGCAACAUCGAAAAGAAAGUGAAGACGCAGUCAAGGCGCUUGCGAAAGAGAAAGAUCUGCUGGAGCGGGAGAAGUGGGAGUUACGCCGGCAAGCCAAAGAGGCCACAGACCACGCCAGUGCCCUUCGGUCGCAGCUGGACCUGAAAGACAACCGCAUGAAGGAACUAGAAGCUGAGCUAGCCAUGGCGAAGCAGUCCUUAGCGACCCUGACGAAGGACGUCCCCAAGCGGCAUUCCUUAGCCAUGCCUGGCGAGACGGUGCUCAACGGAAACCAGGAGUGGGUGAUGCAAGCCGACCUCCCGCUCACGGCCGCCAUCCGACAGAGCCAGCAGACCCUCUACCACGCACACCCCCAACACACAGUCGACCGGCAAGCGGUCCGGGUGAGCCCGUGCCAUUCUCGGCAGCCUUCCAUCAUCUCCGACGCCUCGGCGGCAGAAGGCGACCGCUCGUCCACGCCCAGCGACAUCAACUCGCCGAGGCACCGAACGCAUUCGCUGUGCAAUGGAGAUAGUCCUGGACCGGUACAGAAGAACUUGCACAACCCAAUUGUCCAGUCUCUAGAGGACCUCGAAGACCAAAAACGGAAAAAGAAGAAAGAGAAGAUGGGUUUCGGCUCCAUCUCCCGGGUUUUUGCCAGAGGGAAGCAACGGAAGUCUCUCGACCCUGGCCUCUUCGACGGUACCGCUCCCGACUAUUACAUAGAGGAGGACGCAGACUGGUGACCCCCUGCUCCUCCUCCUGCUUCUGGUGCGCGUGCGUGUGUGGGAGUGUCUGUGUGCGCGAGCAAAACGCCUCUAACCCCGCCCAGCGGAUCGUGAGCCCAUCGCUUCUCCUCUCCUGUCGCCCUCUGUACAUAUUCCCCGACGAUCCUGUGUGUGAAUCCCGUUCACUGUUGUCUAUGGAGCAAUGCCAGUCGUGAUGUGUCCCUUGCCCUGGUUCUGUUCUGGGGUGGGUGGGGUGGGGCUCUUUCCCACCC